GAAUCACGCUCUGCCACUGAAAGCUGAUUGUGAAUUUGGGAAUUAAAGAAGAACGGUCAGGAAUAAUCUCAGCAACUCUUUAAAAAAAUGUUAGUAAUAGUGCUAUUAUAUUUGGACGUUUCGUUCGUGAGCUAUUGAAUUCGAACGAAUAUACAACGAACUUUAAGGAAAUAGGCUUGAGCACUGUGCUAUACAUAAUGUCUUUGUUCGCGUCCAAAACAGUUGCGAAACCGAAACUGGAAAAAAGAAAAUCUCCGUGCACAGUGAAUCGGCUACGAUAGAAGAUAUCACGCAUUUCAAACAAUUUGAUGUGUAAAUGCAGUACUUUAAUGAUCCAUUAACAGCAAAGUGUAGGCUAACUUGCUCUAAGCCGAAAAUAAAGUCUAGUUUGCGUAAAACUGAUUACCUACCGCCACGUGUUGCUAGCCAAGGAAUAGUUACAAUGACACCUCGAUUUUUUACAUUUGUUUUCCUGGGAUGUACUCUUCCAAAUGUGAGAGGAGAGGAAGACGACUGGAUCGAUCCAUAUAACAUGACGCAUUACGAUUCCACAUCAAAAACCAUGAGAAACAUCCCUGAAGUGCCAAAGAAGGCUGAUACAGAGGGUAUCGCAAGCAGAUAUCUGGAUGAAAAGGAAUCCCCAGAAAUAUCCGAAUGUUUUCAAAAGCUCGUCAAUUUACAGAGAGCUAUUGAAGACGUAAAGCACAAAACAUCUGUUCUAAAGCAACACCCUGAGUUUAUUUCUGCCCAAAACAGCAAGUUGAACCAACUCCUCAAGAGCAUUGAACAGCUCAGAAUACCCCAUGACGAUGAUUUUUGCCAUCUCCCUUGGCUGUGCAUUCAUCUUGAGGAAGCCAGAAGGUUCAUUUCUGUGACUUUUCACGAAGUUGCAACACACUUCACAAACUUCACAUCCAAUGUCCUGUCUGAACCAGGUGUCACACGCUCACUUUUACCAUUGGGCUGUGUUACCAUUCUGCUUUUGUUUGUGUGCUGCAGGAAGCGGCGGCGAGGACAGUUGGUCCUUCGAGCAGAACGUGAGCAGGAACAAGAAAAUGACCAGCAGAAUGAUGACCUGGAACAGGAACAGGCACAGGAACAGGAACAGGAAGGAGAGAGAGACAACCCAGAUCCCAGGCACCAGGGCCAAGAAGCGGCCCCUCCUGUGGAAGAUUUGGGUCCUGAACAGGUGGAAGAGAGGCGUGCUUCAGAACCACCGGAGCAGGGGUCCGAUGCUUCAGGAGAUGAAUGCUGUGAUGAGAACUACUCCAUCACAAAGUUGCCCGUAACUGAGACUGAACCAGAUGCGCAACACUGUACGUGACUGGGACCCGCAAGGUCGGUGGUUCGAUCCCCGGUGUAACCACAAUAAGAUCCGCACAGCCGUUGGGCCCUUGAGCAAGGCCCUUCACCCUGCAUUGCUCCAGGGGAGGACUGCCUCCUGCUUAGUCUAAUCAACUAUAAGUCAGUUUCGAUAAAAGCAUCAGUCAAAUGACUUGUAAUGUUAAGUUUGGGAUCGCAAAGAAAAGGUUUGGUUUCAGAAUGACUUAUUUUCUCUUUUUGUUUCAUCAGGUUUGUUAGGAUGUAUGUUCAUUUUGUUUGUGUGUUUUUCCACUGUCAAUUUAUAAACUUUGUGCACUGGGACAUAAUUAAGGACAUUAAAACUGUACAUUUUUGAAA